AUGACAUCGCCAUCCAGUGAUGAGGACAUUAUUGAUAUAAGGGUCAUCAAAGAGGAGCCAGAGUCGGAACCUGACUCUGAAGCCGAGCCAGCCACAACCACGAAUUCAACGGAUUCAGAAGAUUCUGUGGAACAGGAAAAUAAAAAGUUAUUGGAAACCGAGAAGAAUCGAAAACGCGAGCAGAAACAUAAAAUGUUGCCAAAUGGAACCACUUCUGGGACCUCCGACACGGGAAAUCAGGUGCCUGCCACGUCGUCGGCUGCUUCAAGUGUAGACUAUACGGCCAUGAACGCUCAGGACUAUCUGCCGACGUAUUCUAAUACUACGUUAAACUACCAACCAUAUCAGUACCAGACUGCUGCCAAUGGACUUCUGAACUACAACAACUACAGCCAGUAUGCCACUGCUAAUCAGCUCGGAUCGAACUACAUCAGCCCAGCCAAUUUCAUGCAAGGAGGAGGAAUUUCACCUCUUGGUUUUACCACUGGCACCACCGGAGCCACCACAGCGGCCGCUUCCGUGGCCACGUCGUCCGCCUCAGCGGUCAUCGGAAGAAGCAAUGGACGAUCAAGCUCGACGGUUGCUGCAUCGCCAGCCGAUAGGUCUUAUUCUGGUGUAAGCGGAGGGCAAGGCCAAGAACUCACGAUUCAGGAAUUUGAAACUGUCACGGAAAAGAUCAGAAGACAUGGAACUUAUGGACAAUCGAAACCUCCAUACUCUUACAUUAGCUUAAUUACUAUGGCAAUUCAAAAGUCUAAUUCUAGACAAUUGACAUUGUCUGAAAUCUACAAUUGGAUCAUGGAUUUGUUCCCUUACUAUCAGAACAAUCAACAAAGAUGGCAAAACUCAAUUCGCCACUCCCUCUCCUUCAAUGAUUGCUUUGUAAAGGUUGCCAGGUCCCCUGACAAGCCUGGAAAGGGAUCCUUCUGGACUCUUCACGAGCACUGUGGGAAUAUGUUUGAGAAUGGAUGCUACCUCCGUAGGCAGAAGAGAUUCAAGGUCAAGGAACGUGAGCCAUCGAGAAAGAAGAGAAAUGCCAACUCCCAACAAUUGCAUCAACAACAACACAUUCCAAAAAUGGAAAUCAAAGAAGAGGAUCCAACAUCCAUCACGACCACAUCAUCACUUGGUGCUUAUUCUCUGAUCCCUCAAAUUUCUACAAAGAAGGAGAUCAAGGAAGAGCUGAAAGCUGUGCAAGAUGCAACUGCAGCUGCUGCCAAUCUUGGCCUAAUUGACCCAUCGGGAACGCCGUCGGCUGUUAAUCACAGUCAACCUACUUCAGUGAUCUCAAGUGUUGGCACACUAGGAACCACGCAAGCACAGAUGACACUCAAUGGUCAAUACGCGUCUCCUUACCUCUACAGUUCGGAUUUUGCCACAAUUCUCCCACAAUCCCAGAAUUUCCUGAACAACACACUCUACAACACAACGAGCAGUUAUCCAGGAAUUGACUACACCAACGGAGUAUACCAGAAUACUCUUUACAGCUCCACCAACCCGAACUCGGCCGCCAACCUAUAAAUCUCCAAUUCACACGUUCUCCUUUUAUUGGAACAGGGCAUAGGAUACUGCUGAUGCUAAUACCGUGAAAAAAAUGUUCUAUGGAUGGAAAAUGAUUAUUUUUUGCGAUCCUCCUGCCAUUGGUUUCAACCGGCGUGCUUGUGUCACCUCAUCGUUGUUGUAAAUACUGUUGAGAAUUUAUAUUCAUUCUUCGUCCCAUGUUCUCUUUUUUUAAACUGAAUUUGAAUUUAUACUGGUUCCCCUCUACCAGAUGCCUUAACUUUUACCAGAAAUUGAUUUUUAUUCCUCCAUGUGUAAAAUCAAAACUUUACCGGUUCCGAAUUUAAUUCUGAAUGUUUUCUGCAAUAAGUAUACACCUAUCAAUAUCAACAUAAUAUUCCCCAAUGUUUUUGAUGAAUUUAUUUUUUCCACAAUAGAUAUGUUCCAUUUUUAUCCGCAGGGACUUGACUCCUCUUUUCCAUGUUUUCCAGGCUCCUUCUACUUUAUGACUUCCUAAAUGUCUUUGUAUCUAACACUAUUCACUUCUUUCCAAAUUCUCUCCAUUUUCUCAUGGUAUUUUGUUUUGAGUUUUUCAUAUUUUAUUGAAUUUGUAUUUUCUUUAUUAUCGUUUUAAAUAAAAAAUUUGUUAAAUCUAAAA